UUAGAAUCGAGAUAAAAUGAACCAUUUAACCAUUUUGAUUUUAACCAUUACGAUAACUUUGGCUUCCUCAAAGCCGGGUGAAACUGAGAAUGUACAUCAAAGUAGUGGAUACGGAGCUGUGAUUGCUUAUCACGACUCUGGAACUUCGGGGACUUCUGGUACUUCUGGAAGCGGUGGAGAUAAAGAAGGAUUUAGUGCUGGGAGUGGUUUAAGAAAUAUAGCUCAAGGUUCGGCUGAACAAGCACACAACGCAGUUGCUAACCAACACGCUGCAGCAAGACAAGCAGCAUUUGUAGCAAAAAGUUCUUUAGCACAAGCUGCAGCAGGAGCAGCUGCAACGGCUCAAGCAGCGCUAGUAGGCAAACAAAUCCUUGUCCAAAGACUCAUGCAACAAGUCCAAGAAGCCCACCAAUCAUUAGAAGCCGAAGCCCACCAACUCCAACAAGCUCAAAGAGCAGCGGCUGCAUCUCAACAAGCAGCCCAACAAGCCCAACAACAAAUUCACGCAUUAAACGCCGCUUUAAACUCUGCACAAUCAACUGCAGUUCACGCCGGCCAAGCUGCCGAAGAAGCCGGGGCAGAAUUAGCUUCGCAAUCGUCUAUGUUAGGUGCAGCCAAACAAAAACUUUCUUUACUCGAAGAUCAACUUCAUAGCGCACAAGGUGAUUUACAAGCCACCGAAGAAGCUGCACAAAAAGCUGCUUCAGCAGCACAUAUUGCACAAUCUAACGCUGCUCAAGCAGCCAACGAAGCCGAACAGGAAGCUAAUCAACAUCACGGAAAUGAUGGAGGAAAUUAUGCGUAUUCUGGAUCUGAUGGACAUUAUUAAAAAAUAAAAAUGGGAUAUAAAUAUAAUUAAGUACAUUUAUAAGUCAUGGUGUAUUGUUGUUGUAUGAUAUUAAUUAAUUAUGGAUU